UAUCCAAUGAAGUAAUGCCUACCAGUACGCUGUUUACGGUUGUAAAUAAAAUCUGUUGCAGGCAGCGAAGUCCGGACGUUUUGUUGUUACAACAGGAGCGUCGGUUUUGAGUUGGGUUGUCGCUGAUUACUGAUAUGACAAGUCUAUUGGAUUAGCACUUCAAAGCGAGUGUGUAGCUAGAAUUUCAGAGUAACUGACUGCCCUACGCAGGAAAGAACAUCCAGGGUCUGCUCACAGUAUGAAGGGGUUGUACUGUAAAUCGAGUGGAAGAUCUGAUGUCAACUUUUUCAUCCAAGAAACGGACCUCCCAGGCACACUAGGAAAUCACCAGGUCAAAGUUCAAGUGAAGGCCUGUGCGUUGAGUCCAUUGGACCUCAAGCUCUUGGAGGACCUGCAGCUCCAGAGAGACCUGGUUCCUGUGGGGAGAGAGAUUUCUGGCAUCGUGCUGCAAGUCGGGCCCAAGGUGACGUUUUUUCAGCCUGAUGACGAAGUUGUGGGAAUACUCCCCCUCGAUGCGGAGGUGUCCGGCCUGUCUGACGUCGUCCUGAUUCACGAGCACCACUUGGUGCAGAAGCCAGAGAAAGUGAGCUGGGCGGAGGCGGCGGGUUCGAUACAAGAUGGAGUCCGUGCCUACACAGCACUGCACACCCUCGCUCGCAUGGCCACCGGGCACACCUUGCUGCUCCUGGAUGGAGCCAGUCCCUUUGGAGUGCUGGCCAUACAGUUGGCUCACUAUCAUGGGGUGAAGGUGCUGGCCUGCGCCCAUUCUCAGGAGGACCAGCUCUUCCUGGAGCAGCUCCGCCCCCACGUGGGCGUCCAGGAGUCUGUGGUGGCACGGGUAAUCAGCCAGUCGGACGGAAAGGUGGACCUGGUGGAGUCAUGUCUGGAGGAGACUGGAGGACUGGGAGUGGACAUUGUGGUUGACUCUGGAGUGAGGCUUUACGAAGAAGAGCCAGAACACCGACGCCUGCUCCCACACAAGCAUGACAUCAUCACGCUGCUGGGGGUCGGAGGUCACUGGAUCACCCCGGAGGACAACCUGCAGCUGGAUCCCCCAGACAGCCGCAGUCUCUUCCUGAAGGGAGCCUCCCUCUCCUUCCUAAAUGAAGAGGUGUGGGGUGCAUCCCGAGCCUGUCAAGGGAGAUACCUCCAUAUAAUGAAAGAUGUUGUUGAAAAGCUCUCCAGUGGAACUCUGAGACCACAGCUUGAGGACCCAGUGCCUCUUCACAAAGCCACUGUUUCCAUGGAGAUGGUUCAGCAGAAAAAGGUCAGAAAGAAGGUGGUGAUUCAGCUAUGAGGAGGACCAGCCGUCCCGGCAUUCCACAGUGAACCGGAUCCAAUGCACCAAGUCCUCAUUUUGCCUGUCCAUCACUGUAUUUUUGGCACUUGCGAUUUUGUUCAUGUAAUGGCAAAUGGCAUUUGUGUUUUUAUUCUGUGAAAAUGUGAUUUGUUUUUGGUUGGCUUAUUGUUUCUUUUGUAUGAACCAUUUACACUUUACAACUUUCACCCCUUCCUGGUAUUAAGACAAAGUAACAAGUGGAAGUGUUACACAGUAUAUUCCUGUAUAUAAAUAUUCUGAAAUGUU